UUGCAUUCACCAGUUAUUGUGAAUCUGACAUGAUCAAGAGGGCUGGGUAGUACAAUACUCGGAUUUAUACAUUUCAAAAGAAAAUAUAAAUCAGAUUUUGUAAAAUGAAAUUCAAACGUAGCGUCUCUCCCAUACUUAACGGGACAACCGUACGCCACACGCAUUUACACCGUGGAGACAAAAACAAAACAUGAAAACACUGCGGAGAAAUCAUCAGUGUACUCGAGGAAGGCGGGGACUAACGACUGGCAACGUAAAAUGGCCACCGGUGGCUCCACUUCUGACGAAGGCGACCAAACGGCUUUCGUGGUCCAUCCGACUAGAUUCCUUUGUUAGCAACACAUCCAGUCAAGUCAAGUGUGCGUGUGUGCGCGCAAAGUAUUGCCAUCAUAGUGUGAACAUGUGUGCAAGAACAACGACAGAAUUCGUGGAGAACCUUUGUGGAACAAAAAAGAAGAACGUGCGACAACGUCAACUACUGGAAGCGGUUUACAAGCAGCCUCGUCUUGUGUUACACAGGGCAGACGUCAGUGAAAAAUAUCUUCAUUCUGAGCGACAGGUGCCACUGACCACUCACGUUAAAGCAGACUACGAUGAAGGGGCAUUUAAAGAGGAAGAGGAACCAGAGCGCCAUAACAUAAUAGAGGAAGUGAAGCCAGAGACCCCUAACAUCAAAGAGGAGGAGCCAGAUCCCCACUACACUAAAGAGGAAGAGGAGGAUGAUCUCACCCGUUUUCCUUUGACUGUUUUCCCUUUGAAGGGUGAAGAGGAUGAAGACAAAGGUCAAAGUGAGGAGAGCAGAAACGCGGCGCCUCCAAGUAGCAGCUCAAGUCAACACAUUACACCUGGAGACCACUGUGGGGGACUCCAAGGAGACAGCCUCGUACUAUCAUCAGAUAGUAAUGAUGUUAUGUCACGCUCUCAUGAUGAUGAUGAUGGCCAGGAGCAUUGUAAAGAUGCUAAGACAUGUCACACUGACAACAAUCGCUGGAGAUGUUGUCAUUGUUUCAAAACGUUUGUCUACAAGUCCGUUUUGAAAAAGCACAUGAUGAUCCACACUGGCGAGAAACCUUUUGGAUGCUCAAUUUGUGGAAAAAGGUUCACUCGGAAUGGACAUUUGAGAGCGCAUACAAAAACUCACACUGGGGAGAAACCGUUUUCCUGCUUAGUUUGUGGUAAAACAUUUUCUCAGGAGGGACAUUUGGGAAUACAUGCAAGAACACACACCGGUGAGAAACCCUUUGAAUGUUCAGUUUGCGGUCAGAGAUUCUCAGUCAGCGGAAACUUAAAAAAACACACAUCAACACACACUGGGGAGAAACCUUUUGCCUGCUCAGUUUGUGGUCAAAGAUUCUCUGUGAGGGAAUACUUAAUGACACACAAAAGAACACACACCGGGGAGAAACGUUUUACCUGCUCAGUUUGUGGUAAAAGCUUCUGCGUGAAGGUACUUUUGGAAGAACAUACAAGAACGCACACUGGAGAGAAACCUUUUGCCUGCCCAAUUUGUGGUAAAAGCUUUGCGACUAAGGCAAAUUUUGGAACACACACAAGAACACAUACUGGAGAGAAACCUUUUGCCUGCUCAGUUUGUGGUCAAAAAUUCUCUUUACGGGGAAACUUAAGAACACACACCAGAACACACACUGGGGAGAAACCAUUCAGUUGUAGUGUGUGUCAUAAAAGCUUCUCGAGUAAACAAAAUAUUAAGAAACACAAGUGUGCUGGUGAGAUUAGCAACGAUCAAUGAAGCUUUUAAAAAACUGAAGAAACUGCCUUGAUGGGGGGUCUCAGAUUCUGUGGAUGCCCCCCUGCCCGAGGGCAGUUCGGAUAAGCUACGGCACGCCCGUGACCCCCGUGAGGAUAAAACAGAAUAUAAAAUGUAAGGAUGGAUUUACCUAAAAAUCAGGUUCAUGGCAUAUGUAUUGUAGCUGCCGGGGUACUUAUGGCAAUACUAUUUUUUUAAAGGCCUAACAAAUUUGUCGUGCAUGAGGCUUAGCAACUUUUUAGUAAUUUGUAGAAAAGAAACGAUAUUAGUCUCCUUUGGGGGUCGACAAUAUGCCUGCUUUUUACUAUCCAAUAUCAAUCUUAAAACAACAUGAUUGAUUCACAAACCACAUUAAAAUAACCCCAAUUUGUGGGAGGACUAGAAUUUGCUGCCCCCUCCUGGCCAAAUCACUCCCCAGAACGAGCUGUAUCAACCUAAAUGUGAUGCACAAUUGCAUUCUCUACACUCUACUUAGAUAUGUUAUCGCUAUAUUUUAUGUAUUG